UAUUUUGCGGCCAACGGAUUUUCGUUUAGGAAUCAGAAAACGAAAAACGGGAAACGCCUCGUUUCCCGAUUUUAGUUUCAAAGUUUAAAAACGGAAAACGGAAAACGAACCGUUUCCCGAUUUUCAUUUCAAAAUGGGAAAAUAAAAAAAUGGAAAACGAGCCGUUUCCCGAUUUUUGUUUCCUGAUUAAAAAUUUAAAAAUGGAUUUUAAAAAUCCGGCGUGGAAAUCGGAUUUCUCAUUUUUCUUCAUUUUUGUAUCUUGACCCGGAAAUGAUCGAACUCUCGCGGCACACGCAGAUAUUGGCGGUACGUUUGAUUUGAUUAGGAGCCAUGAUUCACGUAUACAUCUAAGAAGACAUGUCGUUGCACGAAUAUGCAGAUUUUAUUGCAGUAAGCAGAAUAAAUGGCAAGUGUUGUAGCGAAAUCGCAUCAAUGUUAUGCACCCACUUCGGAACAAGACGGGGUUUUUCUGAGAGGAAUGUGCGGAGAUGGUGUGCUGAGCAGGGGCUGCUCACACAAUUCUGUUCAGACAGCCAGCUUGAAGUUGAAGUCGCUGAAGGUAUUGCUGAGACUGGAUCAUCUUUUGGUCGAAAAAUGAUGACUGGAUAUCUUUCUGCAAAAGGCAUUAAAGCUUCUGAAGGCAGAGUGGGCAAAGUGUUGAGAAGCAUUCAUCAACCCUAUCAUGCAGCAAGACAGCAGGGUGCCCGAAAUCUCAACCCCAUACCCUACAAUGCAGAAUACAUGGGUCAUAAGCUUCACUUAGAUCAAAAUGAAAAACUUGUUAUGUUUGGAGUGACCCAUGUCAUGGCUAUUGAUGGUUUCAGCAAGAAGAUUGUCAGUCAUUCCACCAUGCCGGUAAAAAACAACAUCAUCAUUUACGAGGAUGUGUACAGACCUGCUCUGCUUUCUUGUGGACUGUGGGAUCAGGUCAGAGUUGACUGUGGGAAGGAGUUUUACCUGGCACUGUUCAUCCAGGAAAGGCUGGCACAAUACAGAUACAAUUGUCAGAGGCAGCCCUACAUUCAGACACCUUCUACAAGGAACCAUGUGAUUGAGAGAAUGUGGUCAGAGGUAAAUGCCCGAGUCAACUAUCCUCUGAAGACUGCUUUGGUACAACUGGUGGACAUGGAGGAACUGGACAUGGAGGACAGCACAUCCAAGUACUGUGUGUCAAACUUGACAUGCCAGAUGGCCAGGAUUGGUAUCACUAAUGUUGUAGAGGCAUGGAAUGCACACAGAAUCCCAGGAAAAGGAAUACCAAAUGAACUGGCUAAAGGGGGGUGUCCUGCAAAAAUUGCUGAGGAACUUCUGCCUAAUGGUGCCGCUGCAGCUGACCUGUAUCAGCAGGAGGUGGGAUCAGCCUUGAAGAGAGAUUCCAUUUUUGGACUGGAGCCUUUCUCCUCUGAAGAAGCCAAACAGUGGACUGAAACAGAGUUUGGUUCUCAUUUUGACUUGUUUUCACUUUACCAAAACGUGGUUCAUCAUAACUAUGGACCCUUUAAAGAUGCUGUUAGGUUUCUUAUUGACAUCACCAGAUGUUGUGUGUGAUCCAUUAGUGGUAUUCAAUGAAGAAACGAGUAAACUUCUCCAAAAAAAAUUUAUUACAGAGAAAACUACAAGCUGUUUCAAUUUAUAACAGUUCAAAUAAUUUGUAUUUACAAUCUUGUUUCUGAUUGUUGGCAAUAAAGGAGAACUUGCAAUUCUC